CAGGCGAGAUGAUACUGCCUAAAUAAUUGAAAUUACUCACUAAGAAUAAGGUGGAAGAUGUCGGGGGCGGACAACAGGUGACCAAGCAGUGGGGCGCCAACUGUAGCGCCCACCACAGUUGCUUUCACUCUUGUCUCUGCUCUCCUUUCAUGGGCUCGUUGCAGUACCACCAACCACUACUCAUCUAAACUUCAUCUGAUUGCGAUAAACGGAUUGUGAUGUUACUUGGAUCGAUAUUAAUCGAUGACAGCCCAGCAGAGCGCUUAAAACUAUCGAUCGGUGGGCUCUCACCCACGGAACACGUACGUCUGAACCACUUUGUCGCAGCUGCCGUUGACCCCGAGAUCGCUGCACGAUAUUUCAUCUCAAAGAGAAUGGGUAUCCAGGAUGUAGAGAUCAAGAGGAGUGGCGGCUAGUGGAACGUUGUUGCUUUCUGGUGAUGGGAUGCGAUCACGGAUUAAUCUCAGCCGUGUAGGCUGCAUAUAUCUCCCCGUUGCCCAUGCUUCAUGAGCUUGCAAGUGUUGAGGCAUUUCUACCCACUCAAUAU